CCACCAUACACAGCACACACGUCUCGACAUCCUUCCUUCCUUACUCCCUCCUUCCACGUGGGCAACAAGCAAUGCAAGAGGCACUCGAUCGCCUUCGCGACGGCCUGCACGAUGACCGCGAAAACGCCGUCAAGGCUGUGGCGGAAACACUCACCGACCGCGGAGCCGCCAGCUUAGUCCUUGCGGCUGCCGCGAAACCGACAAACCUCCGCCAGGCUGUGGCAGACGUCGUCGUCUUGCUGACAGAGAAUUCCACUGCAGACGCGACGAGUCUGCUCGAUGCAAUUGAUCUGGUGCUUCUGGAUCAGAGCGAAGACGUCGCCGUUAUCGCUGUCAAGAUGAUGAACAACUUGGUGAAGAAGGAUCAUGCAUCAUCGUGCAUAGCUGUCACAAACUGGCUCGUCUCUCUCCUCAACUCCCUCCCAAUGGGCGGUGUGCUGAAGAAGGUACUUCGCGUGAUGACAAAAGGAGAGAUGUCAAGGGAUCUGUUUUCGGUGCUGCGUCUUGAUGACGAGUGCAACACCCAUCGCGCCGCCAAUCGCAAUGAUGCCGGUAGAGAUCUUGAUGGCGCUGACAGCAACGAGGCCGCAGACAGGAGCAAACCCCCACACCGUGACAGAUUCUACGAUCUUCGAACCAAGCUGGUGCAGUCUGUAAUGGACCAAUCGCUGCCUCUCGUAGAACGAGUCGAGCUGCUUCCCUGGUGCUUUGUGCUCGGCCCAGCCUCUCCCAAGGACAUCGCACUCCCAACAAUGAUGUUUCAUCACGUGUCCUUUGCGGACGAUCCGUCCUGGUCUGCGCUCUCACAACAGGAGGCGCAGGAUCUGAUUGAGCACUGCAUGCGGACGCUGGCAUUGCUGCCUCCGUACUGCACCAACAUCGGCGUCCUUGCUGUCUGGCUCGAGAUUGCCCAAGCGGUGGCCCCUCCACCCACUCCCCACAUGAUGUUCGUCAUCGACUCUUUGGCGGCGCUGCAUGUGAAGGAGGAGGGCGAUGCAUUGGCGGUGUUUGACGCGCUGUCCAAUCAUCUGAUUGAGUACUGCAUCUGUACAGAUGAGGACUUGCAAGUGGCGAUCAACGAGGGCGAGACGGGCCUCAGCGGGCAGCCGCACGAUUUCCGCUCGCGAAUGCAGCAGCUCGUGCAGACGAUGCCGGCUGACAAAGACGCCGUAUUCCCCGUCGCCGCACCACCACCACACACGCCCAUUUCACGACGAGUGAUGACGGCGUCGCUCAUCCAUCGCAUCUGCAUGGUGAAUCGCGGUGUGCACGCCAACAUUGAGACACAGGCCCUCAACGCCUUUGAUCAGUUUGCUGAGAGCGGUGAUACGAAACGCCAGGAAGCCGCUCUGUUUGUGAUUACAUCAGCCAUGCGCCAAGGCGUGGGAAUGGCUGCCGCGGACUUCAAUCCCCGGGACAUUCUCGACCACAUUGACUUUGACACCGCUGAUAUUGCGAUGCGCAGCUCUGCCUGUCGAUUCAUCUAUCGUUAUUUGGACACCAAUCUCCGCUGCACCGAUCAGCCCAUGUUUGACCUCCUGCUGUGGAUGUGUUUGGACGACUACAUGCACAUCUCAAACAUGGCCACCAAAUUUGUUGAAUUCCUGAUACUGCGCAAUCAUCCACUGGCGAUGCCACACGCCGGCGCCAUCAUCCACCUCCUCCGCAUCCUCUUCUGCUGUCCGCAGUUCACCCAGAACCACAUCUUCCUGAUGGAAUCCAUCGCCGCAAUUGCCACCGUGUGCCCCGAUAUGAUUCCCGCCACUGUUGUUGAGACGCUGAUUCGCCGAUACUACAAGGCACACGCAGAGGACAUUGGCCUUCGCACCAUGAUUCUCGAUGUUGUGAGCGCGCUGGCAAUUCUCGUAUACCCCGAGGAACCGGGCCCAGAGCUGUGCGAACUCUAUCGCAACAACAGGGAGUGGUGCAUCGAAGCCUUUGAAGCCGUGCUUGAGGAUCCGACCAACAAGUGCCAGUGCGAGCUGGCGAGCGCAUGCCUGAACCUGUAUGGCCCUUGCGUGGAGGACAUUGGGUCUCCGCUCCCGCCCGCGUGCAAGGACGGCGUCGAAACAGCAAUCACGUGGAUGCACCGCAACGGACAGCACCUGAUUGACGUGGCUUCGACGUGUGAUUCCUCCCUCUUCCUCACCAUCUUCUCCGUCCUCGGAGACUAUGUGCUGCGCUGCGAUCACACAAACACGCUCGACAAUGCGUGUGCGUUUGCCGUGCAAUACAUCAUCAAAGGCGCUGCUGUGCGAGACGACCCCGGUUUCGCCAACGCCCUCUGGUGCAUCUUCAACGGCAUGCGGCGAGGCAACCCCGUAGGGCAGCACCUGCCCGAAAUAUUUCGAUGCUGCCGACAUGUGUUGAGGACGCGGGAGCAAUACAGAGCUGAGGCGGCGGGCAACGCUCUGCUUGUCGCCACGCUGUCUGCGCCAGAGGAUUUCGCGCUGUUCAACAGCACGUUCGCAGACACCGUUGAUGAAAUGUGUGAGGUGGUACCGAUGCUGGAACCCAUUGAGCUGGACGCCCUGGCGGUCUUCUUGGACACGGCAACAGAGAUGGAUUCCACCAUCCGCACACGCUUGCAGGGCGUCAUUCCUCCAGAGUGACGUCAUGUGUGUGUAUGUGUGUGGGGGGGGGGUGUGAAUGAGGCAGCUGCGCGUGUGUGUGUGUGUGUGUGGGUGGGUGGUUGAGUGAGGUAGCUGCGCGUGCUGUGUGUUCAUUUCGUUCAUGUGACCAAAGCGACUUGAUGUGACUUGACAUCUUAUUGAAACUGCUUGAAGGGCACUAAGCUGGCAAUAAACGGGUUUUUGAUGUGA